AUGACCGAACAAGAAGCGAGGCAGAUACUGGGUGUCUCGGAGAAUUCAACGUGGGAAGAGAUUGUACAGCGAUACGAUAACUUGUUUGAAAGAAACGCCAAAUCUGGGAGCUUUUACCUCCAAUCGAAGGUUCACCGGGCCAAGGAGUGCCUAGAAACAGUGUACCAAAAGAACAAACAAGAUGAGCCUCCUAAUUGA